CACAUCAAUGUCUAUAUCGGUAGCUUAUUUAAUGUUCACCGAGCAGCUAGUCUGUGCAAAGGUAUAAAGUUCCGUGCGUAACAAGUGUUAAAGUUUUGAAUGAAAUAGAAAGUGUGAUAUCAAAAUGUUGACGCCGAGAUUUGAAAUAACUCAAACUGACACGGAAGUGGCGAUUAUUGUUCAUGCACCAUAUGCCAAUAUUAAGGAUACAGAAGUUUAUGUUGAUGGAACAGAUUUCAGAUUUUAUUCUACACCAUAUUAUUUGAGGUUGAAGCUUCCAGGUGAAAUAGAAGAGAAUGAUUCCUCCUUUGGAUCUUACGAUUGUGAGAAAGGAAAUUUCUCUUUGAGAUUCUCAAAGGUAACAAAAGGGGAACAUUUUGAGAACUUAGAUAUGAUAACUACAUUGUUAGCACCACCAAAAAAAAAGAACAAUAUUGUUCCUAAUAUUGAAGUAAUUGGGAAUCCAUCAGCAAAUGCAGAAGAUAUCAUUGAAAUAUCAAAUGAAAAUGUUUCAACAGCUGAUAAUGAAAAUACAGAUGGUGAUGAAUGGUAUAUGCAUCAAAAUAAUCCUCUAGGCACUGUACCACUGCUGCCUAAUUCUCCAAAAUAUGGUUUUGCAAAUAAAAUAUCUAAAGCUUUAGGGGCUUUUGAGUCAGCAUGGAUCAAAGAAGUAAUAGAUCUUCCAAUGCCUGAUACGACACUACAAUCCAAAAGGAAAAGUUUACGAGAAAAGCACGAGUUUUCAGACUUCAAUGAAGAACAUUAUUUAGCUGAUUUAAUGCAACCAGAGUGUAUAGAACCAUACAUAAUGUUCACUACUGAAUGGGAUACCCUUGAAAAAGAAAAUAUAUCAUUGAAUGAAACAGAAGUGGAUCUGUUAAAGGAACUUCCAAACAAAGAAUAUUUAUUGAACAAUGAAGAAACAAAUAGAUUGCUGUUAAGUUUAGUUGAUAUUUUAUUUGGUAGCUGUUAUAAUCAUAGGACAACCUUGGGCGAAAAUACAGUUGAAAGCAGUUGGACCGUUAAUAAAUUAAGUUCUACUUUAUCUUGGUUUGAUGAUUUCUCUGAUGCAGAAGAAGUUAUAAGAGCGUGUUUCAGAAGAUCUGUAUGUUAUCCACUUUUUAGGAAUUGGAAUCUUUCUUUGAAAGUGCUUGAAGAUGUUAAGAAGGUUCUUAAACUAGGCAAAAAAUAUAUUAUAAAACGUUUCUGUGAAAUACACAGUCUAUUUAAUAAUUCGUGUGAACCACGAUAUAUACUGAAUCAGUUGUAUAUAAAAGAUUAUUUAAUUUGGCUACAACAAAUUCCUGAAUCUUCAGUAGAAUCCUUAGAUUCCUUGAUACUUGAUAUCCUACCAUCUAAGGAAGACAUGGGAUUUGAUUUAGUAGAACUGGAGCAAUCAGCUUAUUCGGUUCAAGAAGAAGAUUUGAUUAUAGAAAAUUCAGUUCAUGAAAUGGUGGAUCAAAUGGACGAGUUAACAGUUAAUGACAAUGACAAAGAUAAGCCAAAGACUAUAUACUACAUUAAAGACAAAAAUUCUUUAAAGUAUUUCUGUUCAAGUUCAAGCGACAGCAGUGAUACAGACUCAGAAAGCGACUCGGACAGUAGUAGUUCAAGUUCCUCCACUACAAGUAAUAGCAGUAGUUUAGAUUCCGAUGAUGCAAGUGAACCUGAGUGAGUGUUAAAAAUGUGCAUUUGA